UAUUGGUCUAUAAACAUAACAAUGCCAUGGUACCUAAAUAUUCCGCUGCAUAUUUCAGAUCAUAAGUUAUUAAAGAUGAUUUCCACAUCAUUUGUAGCUAGCUAGGAUCGAUGCCCGACACCUGCAGAACUAGGUUUAUUGAUGAAACCUUUAUUGAGUAAUGCCCACCAAGAGGAAACCCACGUCUGAUUUUGGGGUCUUAGCUCAUGGACUAAAAUAGGAAACAAGCAGUUUUAUCGUUGUAAGGGUGAAGUCUCCCAACCUGAAGAAGUAACUAUUGGAGUACCACCACAGAGUGUAUUCAGGCCGAUUUUAUUUAUUCUUUUUGUCAGUUAUGUUAUUCAAAGUGUCAAUCUUACAUUUAUAAUUAUUAUUUUAGUUGGUGACGCCAUUUAUAGGUCUGAAGAUGAACUGAUUGAUGUCAGCAACGAUAUUCAAUUUACAGGGUGUGAUUGGUAUGGGCGAAAGUAUUUCCGCAUUGAUCCCGAUACGACAACGGGCACGGUUUGGUUUCGCGCAGAUCCAGAUCGCGAUCAGUGAUCCAACGUGGGUCAAAGAACACCAGUACCCGCUUGACGGACGGAGCAAAGCAAACCAGCCUUGGACCCAAAGAUCGAGAUCAAGAUCCGUGUGAAACAAACAACCGUCCUGCCUUUAAGGCCGUAAAAGAUUUGAAUGUUGUCAUGACUCCAGCAUGUACACAGGUCAAAAAUACUUGCCAGGGAAACCAGCAAUGUCCCUACGCCUACAGUCCGUCCAUGAAAGAAGCAACAACGUCUGCGCUGAUCAGAAUUUUGCUGGAAGUGUGCGCCGGCGGCAGUCAUUGACUAAGAUGAACUCGGGACAGAGCAGUGAACCGGACAGUCACUUCAUGCGGGAACAAGCGCUUGUCCAGCUCCGGCGACAAAAGCGUCUGAGAGACAUCUGCCGGCAACAUCCCCUUGCCGCGCAAGAGGUGCGACAUGCCAGCCAAGUAUUCAUCCUGGAAAAGACCAAAAUACUUUAUUGCUCCUUACCCAAGACCGGAAGCACCAACUGGAAGCGAGCCUUUAUGGUCCUGGAAGGAGUCCGGUCCAACGUCGCGAAUAUCUCAGCCUACGACGCCCAUUGGCAAAACGACUUCGAGUUACUGGCUCACACGCACUUAUUGGACAGGUUACGGAGCCAUAGCCUUUACACCAAGUUCCUGCACGUGCGCCACCCCUUUGCCCGCCUGAUCUCGGCCUACCGGGACAAAAUCUCUGGCGAGGCCACGCGAGAAGGGCAGGAUCCAAAGUUUACCGAUAUCGCCGUGUACAUCGUCCGCAAGUACCGCAAGGGAGCGGGGGGUGAGGAUUUCGACCCUAACACGAUCCACGUGACGUGGGGCGAGUGGAUCCAAUAUCUGACCGACCCUACCGAGCUCAGCAGAUUCGACCCGCACUGGCGGGAGAUGUACAAGCUCUGCCUGCCGUGUCGCGUCAACUACGACGUCGUCGCAAAGCUCGAGACGGUGGAGUCAGAUUCGAGAUUUCUUCUCAACUACUUGGAACUGAAACAACUCAGUUUUCCCUCAUCUGCACAUCGCUACCCCAGUCAUGACGAAAAGAAAGGUGACAAGUUGGUGGAGCAAUAUUUUGGCAAUAUGAGUAGAAGCAACUUUCAACGACUUUAUAACAUUUACAAGCUGGAUUUUGAACUGUUCGGUUAUGAAAAGCCGUUUUUGUUUUAAUUGCUGGCAAGGCCCGGGUCGAAUUUCUUCAAACAAAUAAGACAGAAGGGAAACAUUUCGAACUUGAAAUAUUGCUGUACAUGGACUUAUAAAGUCAAAAGAAUUCUUGUGAUUACAUAUAAAGAUCUACUUGUAUAUUACUUGUACUUGUAUUAUGCAAAGGACGCAAUGAGCGGGGUCUACAGAAGUACAGAUACAUAUACUAUACCAAAGACUUUGCCCAUUUCUCUAUUUUGUGAUUCAAAAGUUUUGACAGAAUUGGCAUCAUUGUGCAUUGUGUGAAAAGCGUGCUUCGUUUUGUACAAGGGGAAACUUGUUGUAAUCGCCAUGGUUGUUUUAGUACUUUAUAAACUGCUUACCAUUUUAUUCGGGAAUGGGCCACCUUCAUUUGGGUUGGGUUUCAGAGUUCAGGGAUGCGACUUUGUGCAAACCGUCAUGUUUUGGCGUUCUCUAAGAGCAACAGUGUUCAUUGCAGAAUUCGGUGUUAUUAUGUGUUUCUUGUUGGUACCUCAGGACAUUUUUUGAAGACCAUUUAUGUAUAAGAGCGCCCUCUUGUAAUAGGAAAAGGCCAAUGCACAUUCCCGCCAACCCUUCUAUAUCUCUUAAUUAAAAAUCUAUGCUUUAUAUUUCAUAUGUUUUUUUGCUUUUAUGCAGUGCAUACAUGUGCAAGACGGAUGUACGUUAACAGUAUAAGGAACAAACUACCCAGACCGAUAGGAAAUCGACUGUUUUAACUGAAUAAAUUGUAACCAUAGAACA